CUCCCUGGCUUUUGUGGCAGUUCCCAGGCGCGCACGGCUCAUAACAAAGAAACAACGUUGCUAGUCGUGCCGGCAAAUGCCGGGACACCUUCUCGAAAACAGCGAAAAAUUUUCCCGCCAGCAAAAGUGCGGCGUUGUAGAGAAAGGAACUCGAUUGGUUAUUCAUCGGAGACACCUCGACAGUGUUUCCCCCGUGUUUUCUCGCUUGGCACGUUGUAGAUUCGCCGAGAAACUGGCUGCCACGCCUCUGUUCAUACUGCCGUCGGAGACAAAGACCUCCACGCCCCGUCACAGGAUGGCCACGAUAUACCCGGGUGUCUCGUACGAGACCACGCUCGCGGCUGAGUGUUUGUUGUCCAUGGCUCACUCUGUGAUCGUCAAGCCGCCUCCCAAACCAGAGAUCAAGAUCGAGCCCGAUCGUACGGAGUUGGUUCAGGACGACAACAAAGCAGGCAGCCACGGACACAACCCUUUGUUCAUGGUGGCGCGCAUCCUAGCGGAUCUCGGGAACAAGCAUGGUUGCAGUCCCAAAGUAAAGACAGAAGAGGCUUCGAACUUUCCUAACGGCUACGAUCACCAUUUCGAAGAAGCUGCCACGCCACUUGAUCUCUCUGUGAAGGCCAGGAGUCCCUCCCCAGCCAGAGAGCCAAGCCCGAAGAGAAGCAGGGUGGGUAACGGGAAACGUGGUGCAGUGGCCAAGCGUGAUCGCGCCGAGCGGUCGACCACACCUACCGGCACCAAGACCAAGCCCGGCGCGGGACGCAGGGCAGGCCGCAAGCCAGGAAUGAGCGUACAGCCCGCCAAGAAGCACAAGUGUUCCUUCAAGGGCUGUGACAAGAUCUAUGGGAAAUCCUCACAUCUCAAGGCGCAUCUUCGCACCCAUACAGGCGAGAGACCGUUCCCAUGCACAUGGCCCGACUGCUUCAAGAAGUUUGCACGGUCGGACGAGCUGGCGCGCCACUUCCGCACCCACACCGGCGAGAAGCGCUUCUCCUGCCCCAUCUGCGACAAGCGGUUCAUGCGCAGCGACCACCUCAUGAAGCACGCCCGGCGGCACCCCAACUUCCAGCCCGGAAUGAUCAAGAAACCCGACCACCGCCGCAGCAACCCCAUGUCUUCGGCGGCGUCCACCGGGUCGGCGAGCGAGGACUACAGCCUGUCUCCCGUGUCCAGUCCGCUCAGCGCGCCCACCUCUCCUUGAGCGUCGGCGCCGUUCAGGAUUGAUGUUGACACUGGCUCACGACACGUGGGCUGGCUGUUACUACGGACUUGAAAGAUGUUGAGUCACACGCUGACGAAGCAUCUGGAAAAAGAAAUGACUGUUUGCCGGUUGCGGCAGUCUGGCACUUGAGCCAGACUCUGACCUGUCAGCCAGGUGGCAAGUUUAAAAAACGUAGGAAGUAACAAACGUAACAUCCCAGUCACGAUGCCUUCCCGUUCAGAAUUGCCUUGAUUCGAACUGUCCUUUCUACUAUCUGACCCUACCUCAGGCCGAUAGUCUCACGGUUGUCAUGGCAACUGUUGUCACGGCAACUGCAUUCACCUGUUCUGGUCUCAUCUGAGAACAUUCCUCUGGUACCAAUGAAAUUAAAUGGCACUGUUCUCUGCUGUACUCUUUAUAAGGCACCAACUGGUACAACGGCAAACUUUUUCGUGAGGAAUCUGAAAGAUCAGUGUAGAAGAAGACGUGUUAUUGAGAUAUUUGAUUGACGGUGGAGAGGCGUGGUCCCUCCACCAUACAUGUACAUGUUCAAAAUAAUCUCUCAAUUACACAAAUUGUCGUGUUACUUGAGACAGAUGACAGUAUGUGUUGGUAUAUAAUGUACCACAUUUUCUUAUGGAAAAGUUUUGUACUAUUUCUACUCAAUUGCCAAAAGUGGUGAAAAGUGUAGGCAAGUUAGCUGUGCGCAUCUUGUGUCUUGUGCCAUUAGGUGCAUUGCUGGGUUUGUCACUUGUUGAAGUGCUGUCUAUUUUUCUACUGUUAAUCAAUGUGAAAGCAUCGUUAUUAUGCCCUUUGGCUGUAAUAGGCCUUUGCUGUUCUGUGCUAGAUGUUUGGCUGUUUGCUGACUUAGAUUUAAACCAGUAAUAAUCGUUGCUGUUUGAACUCAAGAGUAACCUGGUCAUGUACUGUAACGUUACUGUGUAGAGUUGCCUUUAUGAUAUUGUAUUUAACCAGAGGCCUUCCAUUCCUUUGUGUCAUAACACUUGCACAUUGUUGGAUAUAACUUGUACUAGCUUGUGUCACCAGUGAAGAGUUUGAAGUAGUUGGUAUUUUUGAGGGCACCUCUAAUUCUGCUAGGUCUCUUCCUGCUUUCUUGUUUGCCAAACAAUUGCCAUGCCAAACCAACCAGCUUGUUUUACCUUUUCAUGUGGGGACACAAUUGAUUCCACCAUGUGGAAUCUAAACUGUCCCUACUAUGCCAUUUUGUUUCCAACUGGAGAAAUGAGUACAGUAUGAUUUAGAUAAUACAGACAGUAUUUUAUCCUCAAGGUGAAAGUUAGAGGUGUCCUUUUGUGAUUACCAAUAGUUGAAUCAUAUCAUCGGCAGCAGUUUAUAGUUGCCUACAGGAGAGGAUAUUAUCUCUUGUCCAAAGUUGCUGUAGAUGUUGCAUGUCCGUCAGCUCACCACUGGUUGGGUGAGCGAGUUUUAUGGACUGGCAUGUAACAACCCCGGCAAUACAGGACGGGGAGUCAGGAAGACUGAUAGUGACUGUCAUUGCUAACUUUAGUAAAGAGUGAAGUUUGUUGAGAAGAAAGGGCAGGUUCCUUGUCUGUAUAGUAACCAGAACAUAUGUUUUUGUUGUUGUUUUUGUUUGUGAAGAUCGAGCUGAAAUUUGAGAUAGAAGGUCAGCCAUUAUCCUGUGUAAGAAGAGACUGUUGAUUAUUCCCUCUUCAACCAACAAGCCUGAGGAGGAUAGGAAUUAGUUGUAUAAUUUUCAAAUACAAAGCUUUUGUUUUUUUACUAGAAAUGAAACAGUGGGAUACCACUUUCUUCACAGACUCUAUUUCCAUAUACAUUUAAUGCUGCAAGAGUUUAUUUAUUUCAUGUCAUGUGCAACAGUACUUAAAUGUUGAGAAGUUAGGAAAAAUUCUUUCCCGCUGGACGGAGUUGAGAAGGGUGCUCAGUGCUUGAUUGCCAUUGACGUAAAUACCACUUGACCUCAUAGCAGGCUUCAGUAGUUGAAGGGGAAUAAGAAGGCGAAGGCGUGUGAGAGCAUGUUGUGUUGCCACAUGCAGUGUUUAAGCCUAGACAUUGUCGGUUGCCAAUGAAUGUGUCUAUCUGUGGAAAAAAAGAAGAGAGUUUUUAAGCUGUGUUCUCCGUGACGAUGAACUAUGCAAUGGUUUGUUUUCGUACAUAUGGGGUUAAGAGGUGGAGGGUGUCCAGACUUCAAACACUGCAGGCUUCCUCUCCUGAAGACCUCGCAGCAGUUUUUGCCAUACUUCCGACCAGUCAUGCAAUCCCUGUUUCCGAUUGGUUGAAAAUUUCUGCAUCCAAUUGGUUGGAAACACGAACUUUUUCCAGCCAAUCAGCUUUGAAUCUGCUGAACAAUAUGAAUUUUUACCAAAAGAAAGUAGGCCAUACACUUGAAUGAUUUUUCUUCAGUUUUGACAAAAAAGUGGUUUCUGUUGAUUGGAAAGCACAGAAGGAGACGUUGAGAGGAUGGCAGGUUAGACUUUUGCCUAAGGGAUCAGGAUUGUAUGAUAUCGAUAUAUUGAGUAGAUCUCUUGGUUGACCAGUAGACCACAUCUUGUACUUAACAAUGUAGCCUUAAUCAUGUCCUAGAUUUAGCAGUUUGAAUGUUGCCUAUUUAACGGAAACCGAUGUUAAUGGCUACAGAUGACCUUGUUAUAUUUAACUUAUGCUGUGUGUUAUUUAAUGCUUAUUUAAAUAUGUUUACCACAUAAUAUGUUUGCCUGUGCACCCACAUAGGUUCCUUUGUUCUCUGGUAUUAAGUUAUACUUUUCAGGAUUGGCUCUGACCACAACAGAAUUGUAUUUUGUAUCGUUCAGGGUUUUAUUGACCAAAUAUGAUGGAACAAUAUCAUCGAUUACCUCUUUCCGGGAAUCGUUCUGUACGAAUUUGUAUGAUCAAAUUUAUAUUGGUAAAUAAAUGAGAUGUGCAUUGUACCUA